CGCUGUCGCCGCUACUGCUGAACGGGACAUCUGUCACCAUGGCUUCUCAACUUACUUUCAUUGCUGUGCUGCUGUUGGUAUCAGCAGUUGUAUGUGACUCAAAACCAGCUAUGAGAACACCCUUGGAUGCCAUCGACACAUGCCUCUUCACCUGUGACUACUGUUACAAGGGGAGGGUCCUGUUGGAGUGCGCAAAUGAGUGCCUGGAUCGUGAAGGAACGAUGCAUGAGAAAUGGCUAAUGACAUGUCCAUAUUUUGGACAACAAGUUUACUUUGAAUGAAAAUAACUUUAUAACAGACAAUGUUAAGCAUGUUUACAGUCUUCAUUUUGUUAAUUUGUUAAGUAAAUAUAAU